AUGUUAGGAAAAAGAUUAUUAUUUAUUUUAUUGCCGUUAAUUGUCUUGGUUAACGGGCAAACUGGUUCCGCCCGAGAUUGGAGGUUUAGAAGACCUUCAAGGUUUCCUGCUCGUGUAGUGCCAAGACCUGGUUACGUUUCAAGACCUACAACAUUUGUACCAAGACCUGAAAUAACAAGUGAGGUGCGACCGCAUGUAACCGUUUCUACUACGCAUUGGCCAUCAUCCACUUAUUCUCCACCUAUACGCGGUCCUUCAUUCAACAGGGAACCUAACAUUGUAUGGUCUAGACCAUUCAUAGCCAGCUCCCCAAAACCGAAACCAGCCGUCACCGUCGUAGUUCUUCCUGGUUCUCAUUCCCAUGUACUGCCCACAUCACCACGACCAUAUUAUGUAUACCCCGAAAAGCCGACUUCAAAACCCGCUGAUAUUCCACUUGCGCCCGAAUCGGACCUAUUAUAUUCAAAACCCGAAUCUCAACCACUCAAUGAACCUGACGUAUCAUCCAGUUCUAAGCCGACAAGUGGUGCUUUUGAGCCUGAAAUCAAACCUUCUCCAAAACCAGAAACUGAACCACCCUCUAUUGAAGUUGAACCUGUAUCAGAAUCUCCUAAGCCUGAAGUUGUGGUCUCACGUGUUCCUGAGCCACAACCUGAAGUCAAACCUGAAUCACAACCCAAACCUCAUGUUGAAAAUGAAACACCUAGCCCUGAACCUCAGGUGGAACCAAGACCUGAACUAGAAGAAGAACCGAGGCUGAAACCUCAAAUAGAACCUAGGCCUGUACCACAAGUGGAACCUAAACCGGAACCACAAGUGGUACCUAUACCAGAACCACAAUUGGAACCUAAACCUGAACCAGAAGUGGAACCUAAACCUGAACCACAAGUGGAACCUAAACCUGAACCCGAAUCUUCACCUGAGCCCAUACCAGAAGUUACUUCUGAACGAUUUGAUGAAGUUGGACUUUCUGGGCCCGAAGCAUCUCUGGCUCCAGAGUUACAACCCGGAGUUUCAUCAUCUUUAAAACCUGUUUUCGAAUCAGAAUCCUCAUCCAAACCUUCAAUUGAGCUAGUACCAUCCGAGCCUUCUCGUCAAUCUUCAACGCCAAGUACAUUUCCACUAACACCAGAAGCAUCAUCGGAGGGCGAGUUAUUAGAUCACUCAGAAGUUCCGUCUAACCAAAUACGACUUAAAUAUAUACCUGGCAUUGGUAAUUCACGUAAUCCUAUUUCAGCCACCUGGUCAAAGCCUAGUUGGUUCCCUAAGCCUUCUAAGAAACCCGAACAUCCAAAUCCCUGGAAACCAACCCCAAUCCCAAUAUUCCAUCUACCCUCGAGAAUAAGUACCAUUCAGCCACAACCAAAAGCUACUCCACAAAAGCCAGUCUACGUCCCUGCACGACCUGUACCAACAGCAAGAACACCAAGCGUUGCUUUUGACGUAAUGGCCUUAAGGGAUUAUCAAUGUCAUGAGCCUAAUGGCUACUUUGCAGUACCAACAGAGUGCGAUGCUUUCAUAGAAUGCAAUUCCAAUAGAGCAAGACAAACUAAUUGCCCGGAUGGACUUCACUUUAAUCCUAAAGCUGUAUGGCCAGAAUAUCCAUGCGGUUAUCCAUCAGAAGUUCAAUGUGCCGCUCAUUAUGCAAUACAGGAUCCAAAGCCCACAGCAGAGUGUCCGCGACAAUACGGCUAUUUUGCUUCUCCUUCUGGUGAUUGCGGCCAAUAUAUCAUGUGUCUAGAAGGCAAAGCUACCAAAAUGUCCUGCCCUCCUGGCCUUGCAUUCAAUUUAAAAACAACUGCUUGCGACUGGCCUGCAAAUGUCCCAUCAUGCGACCCUGUUGUUUUUAGAGGCUUUACGUGCCCCGUGCCAGACAUUGGAGAAAAUGGAAAACCUUCCGAUCUGAUUUAUAAAUACAGAUAUGGAAAAAGUUGCAAAAAAUACAUAGCGUGUCAACGAGGAAGUCCACGUCUUCUAAGCUGUGACGAAGGACUUUCUUACGAUGAAGCAUCUCAAAGUUGUAUAGAUGACGAAUUUGUUAAAGAUUGCUCUUAA